GCAGGUCAGAAAUGUCACCAGAAGAGGGCGCCUGUUCACGCCACACUGUUGCGUAGCAACGAUAGCUAAACUCAAGUUACUCCAGCUCUCUGGCUACAUGUCUAAAUUUUUACCUGAGUGUUGAGUCCCCGGAGUUUAUAAUAACACUAACCUUAAAUUGAAAUCGAGUGUACACCCCUACAAGACAGAAUGAGCGCCGGGCGGCCAUCAGAAGGGGCAGGCUGCGUCACUUGGUGGGGCUUCAGUCCUGCACGAGACCUCAACGAUACUGGUCCAGUGAGACAUAAAAGGGAAGUCAACCUUUUACUGAUUGGAAGUGGAGAUCCGAGACAUAUUCUGAAGACUAUUGCUGGUCUGAGGGAAGAGGAUGUCCUUAAUGUAUGGCUGUUGGAAAGCAGCAUGGAGGUGAUGGCCAGACAGAUGCUGCUGCUCUUCAUUGCACUGACUCCGCAGGAAAUGAUGGGACUGAAUGAGAAGACUGAGGUGUUCCUGGAGGUGUUCGGUAACAGCAUGAUCCGCAGUCAGACGGAGGACACCUUGAAACGUGCGGCCUCGCAGCUCUCGCUUCACAUCAACAACACACUGGAGUCAGACAUGCAUCCUUGCCUGGAUGCAUCUCUUCUCAAGUUCAAGGAGCGAGAUGAGCUGGUGAGAAUUUUUAAAUCAUGGAUGCAGCCUUCUGCGUUGCCUACGCCUAUCUCCAUAUCCAAAGCCUGGGAUUAUAGAGUGAGGCAGCACCUUGGGACACGCUACGACUCCAAAAAGGGCUGCUUCGACUGGGAUCUCACUAUGAAGCUACAUGAGAAAGGGUGUAGCGUCAUUAACAAGCAGCAGUAUGUGCGGUGGAGGGAGUGUGGCCUGGCCUUCGAACUAAGGGAGGGUGUCUACCAAGCAACCAACCCGAGCCUGCUGUCUCCACGCAUCUUCAACCAGAGAGGCAACCGAGUGGCUCUGAUAGGCUACUGGGGCGACAUUGUGUCCGGUCCGUACAUCGCCUUCGGCACUGAAACUGAAGACGAGAGCUUGCUGAAGACGCAGAACGGGCAACACAUGAAGGUAAAAAGGUGUAUGGCAGAAUUUCAUGCCCAUGUUAUCUUAUUGUUGUCAUUUCUUUUGUAUCCACAGACAGCCCAAGACAUAUCCUUUGCUAAUGUGCAGGAAUUGUUCCGGUCAUUGUCCAGGAGACAGGAUUGUUCUGCUAUUCAUCAGUCAAGCUCAGACAAGGAACAACCACCCACAAAUAGUGACCAUAAACCUGUCACCAUCAAUAACCUGAUGCAUCUCAAUCGUGUCUCUGUCAACUUCCUGCCUUUGGAUUCCCUUCAGAAGUUGCCCGAAAAAGUGAAAUACAGCCAUUUCUUUGACGUAAUCUACUUUUCCACAAGCUGCGCGCACCAUUUGGGCUCAAAUAUCCGGCAGAUUGCAGCACCAGACGCUGUGCUCGUUGUAGAGUUGGCCAAGUACAUUUUGGACCUGAACAAAGAGCAAGAAGCGGGCUUUGCAGAGAGAGUGGCUAGCAUGUGUACGGAGGCUGGAUUCCAACCGUGUUGUGAGGCAAAGAGUGAUGACGUCCAUGCUGUUUUCACACCACAGAAGGACAUUGCAUAGGAGAUUGGAGAUGUGUAUUUAACUGCCAGUAUACCUGUAUCCUUACAUGAUGUCAAAUACUACUUCACAGCACAAGUGAGGAAUACAACGGUGCAAUUGCAUGCAACACUGCAAAGACCUUUGCCUUUAUGAGGGUGUGGAUUCACUUCCAGCGUCCUCCAACCUUCCCUUUACCGUGACCUUUUUUGCUUUGAGACAAGAGAGCAUCUUUGAGUGUGCAGUAUGUGUGUGGGUGUGUCACUUGAGUACCACAUGCAGAUGGACUCACAACUUUUGAGCGUGAUGGAUUCUGUUCAGGAGGACGUUGAUCUGGAAAAGAACAGAAAUUGACAAUGGUCUACAGCCAAUCAGGACGUAGAAAACAAUGGGCGGUGCAGACAGACGAGAGAGGGAAGAGAUAGAUAUUCAACUUCCCACAAUGCAAUUCUUCUUAAAAGGGCCAGCUCGGCCUGUAACAGCGUAAUAAAAAACGCUGUAAUAAGAAAAAAGUCAGCUAGGACCUAUCCCCCGAGACCCUACUGUAGUGAGGACAAGCAGCAUAGAAAAUGAAUGAAUCUCUGAUCUAAUGAUAGAAAUAAUGUCUCUUCUGUAUUAAAAAUAUGCCUGUAAGAAAAUACUAGCGUUCCUUUCAAGUCUUUCUGGACAAAUAACUACAAAAUGUGAAAUAAAAUUAGCAAAUCCAGCUUUAACAACAGUAACUCAAUCUUUUCAAUGUAAUUAUGCAAAUAAAGAAACAAAUUCUGUAUCUUUAGUUUUCUUUUCAUCCUCGCUUUUCUCUUCAUCAUGUUUUUCUUUCUCAUCCUCCUUGUUUGCCCAUCUAUCUUGCUGUACAGCUGAUCUUUCCCAGCAUGAAGGUCAUUCCAAAAAGUGUCUUUGAAGUUGUAUUGCACAAAUAUUCAAUAUUUUAUUUAAUGGCCCAAUGAAAAACAGGACAUUUUCAUCACUUUCUAAAAAAAUGUACAGAAUGGCCAGGACAGGACAUGAAAACAUGACGUGUCCUGGGAAAAUAGGAUGUUUAGUCAACCAAUGUGACAGUAUUUCACAAAGGUGAGUACAUCGGCCUAGACCAUGACACUACCACCACCAUUCUAUCUAUAUUAAAUUGAUACUGCUAUACAGCUGUACACCGAUUACUCUAAAAGUACAUGCAUGUUUUAUUUCUUUAGUAUCCUGCUGUCCCUUGAGAAGAUAUUCUGUAAUAAAAGAGUGUAUAGCCUUUUGUGAGAUACUACAUACUACAUGCAUAUCAAAUGUGAGCGAUUUGGUCAAAUGUGGUCUGUGAAGGAAUUACCUCAUACUUCUGCCUCUUCAUCUUCUCCGACAGUUCAAACUUCUCAGACUCCAGCUGGUAGAUCCACUCCCACAUCUCUCCGGCUCUCUUUCUAAACAGGAAAUUAGCAUUUUGCGUGAAUAUUUCCAAGGAUUAGACCUAAACAUAGUUCUGCACAAUCUAACGAGAGCCAAUACUAAAAACUAUAUGGCUCCUGCUUUUAUAAAGAUAAUGUUUUAUUUUGAUUGAUCAAUGGAUAUUAAUUUAACCAUAUCUUUAUUAUUAUGUAUCAGUUUUUUAUACACUGAAUGGACAGAAUCUUUGGGACACCUGGUCUUGAUAUUACAUGAUAGGAAUGGUGAAUGGGAAGAACACAACGAAAGAUGCCUUGGUGAAAACUAAUAAAGUGGAGUGUCUUAGAACCUUUCUACAUACUGUGCAGUGGAUUUUUUUAUAGUGUAUUUGAGAGGGGCAAAAAUAAUAAUAUGAAUCAAAAGUGAGCAUUGUGAUCUUUAUAAAGGCAAAUUGUCCAGUCUGUGUAUAUAAAUCACGUCAACCUCAAAAUGUCUCAAUUAAAAGAGUUAAAGAUGGAUGAUAUUCAAAGUGACCUCAAGUCAUCUUCCCUCAGGUUGUCGAUGGCGAGCGGCAUCUUCCUCUCAGCCAGCGUCUUCUUCUUAAUCUCCCUAGCAGUUUGUUUCUUGCCCCUCCUCUGUUCUACCUGCGCCCAUCAUGCAAGUGUUUACAUAUUGUAGACAUUUCGGACUUUUACUGCUAACUACAGGACUACUGACUUUUGCAAGUAAUCCUCCAAAGUGAGCCCCCAUGUUGGAGAGCACUUUCUUUUUCUUGGCCUCGUCAUCCGCCCUCUUCUUAGCCUCCUCCUCCUCCUUCCUGUGCCUCUCCUCCUGCAGACAUCGGUGUUACAAUGUACUGUGGGCAAUGUGUCACAGGUCAUAACUGUUAAUCACCGCGAUCCUUGUCUGUCUGUCCCGCUCCUUUUCGGCCCUCACACGCUGCUGCUCGGCUCUUUCUGCCCGGCGACUCUCCUGAGACAAAUUGAGGCAAAUUAAUGAGUGGUUUAUCCUCCAUCAUCCACACAUAUUUCAUCUUCUAUUUAAGUAAAAUGAUUACAAUCCUCGAUUUGAGCCCUAUCAGCUCCUCCUCUUCUUUUUUCCUCUGCUCAAAGUGGACAUCAAUCAGAGUUUGGAGCUCCAGAAGAUCUUUCUCCAUCCUCUUCCUGUGGAUAUCCUGUCAAAGAAAGCAACAGAUCAGCUUUUUCUUUUAUUAUUAAUUGUAUUAUGUGUAUAAUAAAGGGAAACAUACAUCAAAAUCCACCCUCUCUCCUUCAGGGAUUUUCGGGGCAGCGAGUUGUGUGACCACUGGCCUA